AUGUUUGUUCUACCCUUGAAGGUCUCUGCUAAAUUCUGCAAUGGAGGGCAUGAUUGCUCUCCUCCAAAAGAGUGCUGCUCACUGGGCUGUUGUUAUAUGUAUUCACAGCCAACAACUCCAGUCACCGAAAUGUUCGCGUUCUUGAUUUGGACUUAUUGGUAUUUAUGGUGCGUAACGGCGAAACCGGAUUUGUACCCAUUAGUAAUCGGAUUUGACGAAGGAAUGGGCAAAGGAACAUCAGGUUUUGUAAUGCGAUACUUCCGUACAUUGUCACACGCAAGUACUUUGGACUCACUCAGUUCGAGUUUCAUGUGUAAUGUAGUGAAUGAAGCUAAUACUAUUAUUCCACCUCCGUAUUCGUGUAACAACAGUAUCGAUGAAUUAUCUACGAUGGGGUGCGAUAGAGUGGAAAUCGGUGCUGGGGAAUCCGUUGUUUCACUUGCCAAUAAUAGAACAACCUCAGACAUAUCAAGCUUAGCGGGACAAUCACCGUGUUCCCCACCUAGAGCUACUAGUCCAACGUUAGAGUUACGAGAAUUGUUAGACAAAAUUCAACAGCUACCAAAUGAACACAGUAGCAAUAUGAUAAAUCAUCAAAACCGAGCGCAAGCGCUGCAUUCAUCAAAUAUUAAUUCAUCAUUACAAAGACCACCAAGUCCUAAUGGUGAAUGUGCAUCCUCGCGUAUGAGACGGGCUCGAGGAAAAAUGUACAUGCCUUUAGGAUUGCCUAAUUCGAGAAAUAAAACAAAGCGAUGGCUUUCUAGAUCAGCGCCUACUACUCCAUCCGGUAAUAUUCCAAUGGCUUUAUUUCCCGGACAAAAUAUGAGGCCUUCGGUACACGAUAAUUACAAUCAACAAGUUAUACCAUUGUUGUCGGAACAAGAAGAAACCGAUAAUAUUAAUAGUAUUGAAAAUUCACAUAAUGUUACUUCAUUAUUGAGAGAACGGGAGGAACAAUUAUGA